AUGAAUCAGUCAGAAAGGCUUAGUCAAGAGAAGGAAACAAGGAACCUGGAUGGCGCGAAUAGCGGUGUAGUUCCGAUUGACGGUGAUCGUCUUCCGGAAGACGCGGUAUUGGAGGCGUUGCCAGCGAAUACGCAAUCGUUAAUUCAGCAGACUCCUGAAGAUCAGUCGCUGCACCCAAAUUGCCAUCACCUGCCAUUGACAGAAAACGAUCAAGUUCGAAGCAAUAACUUUGUGGAGACUAUCCGGAGCAAACCGGACCAGGAAGAAGUCAGAGAUGCCGAAGCGACGCCACAGAAUCAACAACAAACACUCCCCACGGCGCCGCCUGAUUUAACAAGACCCGACACAUGGGUCCCUGAUCAGGCGAAAAUACAGGCACACAACUUACUCUCUCCAGCUCCAGCGUCUACUGACGCCAAAUCUACCUUUUCGGACUCUCCUAUUCAAGGCGGUAUUGAAUCGUCUGGACCAACUCCAACGCCGCAAAUCAUGGAUCCGCCAUCCGCAACGCAGCCUGUGUUGUCAGAAACAACCAGCGCGCAGCAAGCCAAUUCCUUACAAGAGGGAAAGGGGUAUUUGAAAAGUCCAGCUGCGGUGGACCGGUCACUCGUGACGGACGUUGACGCCCAGCUCGCAUUGGAAAAGCCCUCGCAGGAGCAAAAGACAACGCCCCUUCAAAAUCAAGCACCAUUACCAUCUCCCCAGGAUGCGCAGCUACCACGCGCACAAUCAAGUCAACAGCUUCCUCCGUUGGUCCCGACACCUCAAAUACAGCAAACUGCACAACCACAGCAACUGCCAAAUCAGACAGAAUCGGGCGCGGUACAGCAGCCCCAAGGGGGUUCUGUUGUUCAGCCGGGAGCUUCUAGUAGAGUUGGACACACUCCUAUUGUUCAGAUGCAAGCCACAUCGGGGCAUGUUGUUAAGAAAAAGAAAGGCCGUUUCAGCCUUUUGCAAAACACGGCUGCAUCAACCCCCCUGCCGGAUCCUUCAGUUGGUGUCCAAACGCAAGGGACCAGCGGACCUCGACCGGUUAAAAAUCCGGUUAACAACCGGGAUCGUUCUUGGUCGAACACGUCAAAUACUAGCAAUCAGACGAACCAACCUGAAGGCACAACGCCCCAGAUUACAAAGAAAAAAGGCCGUUUUGUCUUGACUACUAUGGCCCCACAAGCAAUGGUUGGUGUACCUGUUCAAGCAGUGAUGACACCAAUGGACAACGCCACAUUUGCUUCGGAAGGAUCCGGAAACUUUGCAGUAGACUCACAGGUAGGUCAUUCUUACCCGUAUGCUGCAACAUCUUCGCUUGUCGUGGUCGCUCCGGCACCUCAAUUCGUGCAACAUCAGGUAUUGUACACCGCUGACAUGCAGCCGACCGAGCAAGCCCUCCCUCCUCCUUCGUCAUUUCAACAACAGUUACACGGUAUAAACGCUAUGGAUCCAACACAAGUCAAUUCUUCUUUGCACCAACCUGUGGACUCUACCAGACUCCAGAAUCAUCAAAUAUCUGGUACUCCACCACUUCAAAAUUCAGGACCAAACAGAUAUGAUUUGGUAUCGACAGAAAUUACAUCAGGUGCCGAAGAAGCCGAAAAGAUAAAGCCCGGACGCCCAAAGAAUGCGACUCAUGCUCGAAAAUCGAGUUCGGCAUCGGGCACAGGCCGGCAAACUAGUGCUGGCUAUUCAGGACAAGCUGGACUCGGCAAAGUGUUUCAUUUUUUAGAUCAGAUGAGGUUAGAGGUCACCAACGCCGAGCGCACCAUAAAGUCGUUGCAGUCCGAUUCAAAAUUCUUAAGAGAGAAGAAUAAAGAAUUGGAGGCAAAAUUGCGAGAGACUGAACGUAAAUUGAGCCAUGAAAAGGCUGUACGGGAAGCGAUUGAAUUAAAGAAUCGUGCUCUGAGGAAAAAGCUUCGCUCGCUCAAGGCCGAUUCGAAUACUGGUGACGGUGUAAAUGUUGAUGGAGAUACUACUGAGAGGAAAGGAAAUUUUUCUAGAACAAACUCAAGCGAUUCACAUGGGUUGGAAGGCCUUAAUAUCAAUACUUCGCCAAGCUUCGGCUGUGUAAACGAAGGGUCAGACACCCAUAUUGUAUCGGAUAAAACGAAUGAUUCCGGAAACGAGGGCCUCGAGGGUAUACAUGAAGGAAAUGAUCUCGUUGAGUCCGCUCGGGAAGCGCUAGCAGGUGCGCAGAGGAGAGGAUCCACGGCUUCAGUGGUGGAGGACUUUUACGCUGCAUCUAGGCAAAGUUCAAUGACGCCUCCUCGAGAUCUGGCUUCGAAAGGAAACGGAAAUGCAUCCAGACGCUCGUCCGGUUGUAGACACCAGCUUUCGAAUGGAGGGGGAAGCCUACAGGAUUCGGUCCUAGAUGUAGACUUGAAUCUAGCUGGAGCAAAUUCACAAAGGACUGCAGCUCGCCAAGAUCUAGCCACAUCGGAGGGGAUCUCGGAAGCCCCUAUAGGAAACAAUAUAUCAUCACCCCCUGCACCCCAACCUCUCUUUAACGCUACCACUUCCACUCACGGUCAGCACCAAUCACAAAAUCAACGUGUGAACCAUACCAUUGUAGAGUCGGUGGGGUCGAUGCAUCAGCGAACAGCGGCUUCUGAGUUUGACCCACUCUAUACUGCUUCUACUCAUUCUAAUGAAUCUGAAAAUGGCACAAAAUCGGCUUUUUUGGCUACGACCGAUUACUUUGAUCCUCUCAGAUCUUUGCAGCAGAAUCAGCACGAAAACAGGAUUGAUGUUGCUGACUCAGAUCAAAGGUCGGCGCAGGCCACUCCUAUUGUCGUAAUGGGACAGCAUGAAAUGGCUGCACCACUUGUUGGAUUAACUUCGACCGGUAACUCAGACUCCAUGCCAUUCUAUACUCAACAAAGGCUACAAGACGUGGCAUCAUCGCAAAGUAUUGCAGAAUUGUCCGGUAAUCAAGAUUUACGCCAAGUGCGCAAAUCAGGAAGUUUUCAAGAUCUGCAGCAGCCGAUGUUCUUGGUUCCACAACAGGAGUUCAAUGGUAUGCAAGAUAAUCAACACCAUCAGCUUAUGCCAGUGCAGCAACAUGUCGUUCACAUACCAGGAACGGAGAUACCUCAAAACUUGUCUUGGAGUCAACAGAACCAAUGGUCGCAACAGCAAUCACAUAUGUAUACGCAGCAGCCGUUGACUCAGUAUCAUCAUACACCACAGACCAUGCCACAUCAGCCCAUGCGGCAAAAUUCUUAUUUGCACUCGGUCGGGCAACCGCAAGCGACUUUUCCAUACUCCAACGAAUCUAAUAAAAGCACCAGCGCAAACGCACGGGAAGGACAACUUGUAGCAAACGAUCCAUUUGACGAAAUACAAAGCAGCUACAGCGGACGUAAACAGUCCGAACGCAAAAAAGGUGACGAUUCCACCCGAACUGGCUUCUGCAUCCCCUGCACCUUCAUCUGCGGUCGCUACUGCGUCACCACCUUGCAUGGAGGCUCGACUGAUUCCGUUGUCACCAAAGGAAAGCCUGCUUCCGUCCAGAUGGCUGUACCCCGUCCAUUGUAA